GUUUUGUUCAAUCCACUGGAGAAAAUUACUAAUGUGGUAACUUCUGCAACUGGAUCCUUAUUCACGUGUACAUUUGACAGACAAAUCAAUUCAACCAACCCAAAAAUAUUCGACCUCAAUUCAAAAUGGUAUCUUCUGAUUGCAGAAGGAUUUAUCAGAGACGGAAUGAUGCAGGAACAUUAUUUCGAACACACUCCCCAUUCUGAGAAUACUGUUGAUAUGUUUGGAUUCGAAGUGAUCACAGGAAAACGACUGAAGGAGCCAAUUGUCAAGUUACACGGAUUAAUCAUGGUCUUGGCUUGGAUGGUUUUCUCCAGUGUAGGCUUACUUAUUGCCAGGUACUUCAAAUCUCAGUGGAGCGAAAGAACUAUCUUAGGACAGAAAGUUUGGUUUCAGGUUCAUCGUGGUUGUAUGGUUUUAGUGCUUUUAUUUACGGUGAUUUCAUUCUUCAUCAUUAUACUCUCCGCGGGGAAGUACAGAGAUUUGACAAUAUACAACUACAAUCUUGGGAAUCGUCAUACUGAUCUUGACCUGCAUUAA